CCAGGAUUAGGGUGGAGUGAUAUUCUUUUCUAGAUAUGUGAUAUAACCAUUGAUACCAGUAAUUAUGUCGGAAAAAGAGUCUGGCAUACCAGUUAAACGAAAUCCUUCAACACCAAAUAGCCCGAAAAAGAAAGAGGGUCCUGUAAGAUCCUUAAUCAGUGAAAAAGAACACGUUUUAGAAAAAUCACAAUAUCCCCAAAUGGAUAAAUCAGGUGAAAUCUCUCAAUCAUCCGUUAGAGAUGGGAGUAAGAAAAGUGAUGAUGUUCUAAAAACAACAUUCACUACAAAAGAAAAUGAUCAUCCAAGAAAUGAGAAUCUGCUCUACUUUACGAUGUUGGCUGUUGUCACUGUUUUGGCAUUUUUCACAAGAUUUUAUAACAUCGAAAUACCUGCAUGGAUUUGUUGGGAUGAAACUCAUUUUGGAAAGAUGGGUAGCUGGUAUAUAAACCAUUCAUUCUUCUUCGACGUUCACCCUCCACUUGGAAAGAUGCUAAUAGGUAUGUCAGGAUACCUGAGUGGUUACGAUGGAGAAUUUCCCUUUAACAAACCAGGUGACGAAUAUGGGGACGUGCAAUAUGUGGGCAUGAGAAUGUUCUGUGCAACUCUCGGUGCCGCUUUGGUUCCGCUGGUGUUUAUGUCCACUUGGCUCCUGUGCCGGUCCACCACUGCUGCUCUGUUUGCUGCAGCAUUCGUCCUCUUUGACACUGGUGUGAACACUCUAUCCAGAUACAUCCUUCUUGACCCCAUUCUCAUGUUCUUCAUCAUGGCAUCUACAUACGCACUGCUAAAAUUCCUCUCAUUACGAGACAGACCAUUUACAUUUAUAUGGUGGUUAUGGUUGAGUAUGACGGGCAUCUUCCUGUCGUGCUCUAUAGGGGUAAAGUUUGUUGGCUUGUUUGUCAUCCUGCUGGCUGGUUACAGCACUGUUGAUGAUCUCUGGAGGUUGCUAGGCAACCAAAACUUAUCCAUGGUUUUUAUUGUGAAGCAUUUCCUUGCCCGAGCCUUGUGCCUGAUAGGCUUGCCCGUUAUCUGUUAUAUGCUGAUCUUUGCCGUACAUUUCAAGGUGCUCUAUAAAACGGGAGGUGGAGACGGGUUCUACAGUUCCCAGUUCCAGUCACAGCUCGAGGGCAACAGGUUACACAACGUCAGCAUGCCUGACAGGCUGGCAUAUGGAAGCGUGUUUUCUCUGAAGCAGCAGAGGACUGGUGGGGCGUACCUCCACUCCCACUGGCAUCUCUACCCUGAGGAACACCCACCAAGACAACAACAGGUGACGACGUAUAGCCACAAGGAUGAGAACAACAUGUGGCGAGUGAAGCCAGCAAUCGAGGAGGCUGAUGUCAAGGGUCCACCGGUCAUUGUGAGAAACGGAGACCUCGUCAGGCUUGAACAUGUUGGUACCAGACGUAAUCUGCACACCCAUAGAGAGCCAGCACCAUUAACACCACGACACUUUCAACUGACAGGAUAUGGUCAGGAUGGUGUUGGUGAUGCCAACGAUGUGUGGCAGAUCAAGGUGCCCGGGGCGGAGGAGGGCUCAGAGUUGAUGGCUGUAAGGUCAAAGUUGAGGCUCGUCCACUACUAUGUCAGAUGUGCUCUACACUCACAUGACAAGAAACUGCCAAAAUGGGGCUGGGAGCAGCUAGAGGCCACAUGUAACCCCAAUACAAAGGACCCUAAAACCCUCUGGAGCGUCGAAGAAGUCAUUGACCCCAGAUUGCCAAACGUGAGUUUCGAGGUCUACCAUCCUUCCUUCCUGGACAAAUUCCUGGAGAGCCAUGCUGUAAUGACCCAGGGUAACUCUGGUCUCAAACCAAAGGAAGGGGAGGUAACCUCCAGACCCUGGCAGUGGCCCAUCAAUAUCAGGGGUCAGAUAUUUUCUGGCAUGCACCACAAGGUCAUACUGCUGGGAAACCCAGUCCUCUGGUUUGGCGUACAUGCUCUGAUGGUUCUCUUCCUCAUCCUUUAUGCCGUGCAUGCAUUCAGACUACAGAGGGGUGCCAAAAUGUCUCAGAUGUAUCUUGAGUUCAGUGAGUGUAUGUUUGGAGCAUGUUGGUGGUUGAUGGCAGCCUGGGCCCUCCACUAUUUGCCAUUCUGGCCGAUGACCCGUGUCCUGUACUUCCACCAUUAUUUCCCAGCAUUCCUCUACAGCUGCAUGCUCGCAGGUGUGGUUGUGGACUACGUGAUAAAGCUGGUGUGUCUGGUGGCCCCACCCUCCCUGUCUGUCACUCUGUUCCAUAUUGCGGUUGGGCUGGUCCUCUCUGCAACCUCAUACAGUUUCUACCUGUUUCACCCUCUUACAUUCGGCAUGGGACCUGGCAGUUCCCAAGAAGAGGGCCACAUCAUGCAUGGUCUGCGUUGGCUUGACUCUUGGGAGUUUUAGACAUACCAGUUCUCAAGAAGAAGGCCACAUCAUGUAUGGAGGUGUUAAUUGAGUCUUCAGAGUUUUAGACAUACCAGUUCUCGUCACCUGGCAGUUCCCGAGAAGAGGGCCACAUCAUGUAUGGUGUGGGUUUACUUGACUCUCGGGAGUGUUAGACAUACCAGUUGUUAUCAUGAUGUUGUUGUUCUUAAAACCUCUUGAAGAGUAAAAACUGAACGAUAUGAAUAAAUCAUGAAUCUUCGUUACUCUUCAUGUGCUGUAGUUAAUUAAUUUACCUAGUUUUAUUGGCAAUAACUUGAAUCUCAUUUUUAUUGAAUAGAGAAAACAACAACAAACAUUGUGCUUGUUAUGUUAUUGGAUACCAUUACUGUAAUGAUUACAUGUAUACACACUAUAUUUAGAUAGCGCUUAUUUAUUUGGGGUGCAUUUUGAGGGUUUUGUUCAGACACAAAUGAUAAUAUAUUUUACAUCAUAAAUGAUGUAUGUUUUGUUUUUUCAUAAUUGUUAUUACAAUUUACAAUUUAUCAUAUUUUUUAUUAUGCAUUUAUAUAACAUAGAAUACAUCUACACAUAUAUUGCCAGACUAUAUUUGACUGGUAUUAAAACUGUUUUUUGCAUUUUUACUUGCUUGAAACCUUUAAACAUUGAAAGCUUUAAAUGAAAUUGUGUUCAGGAUUAAUGUACAUGGUAUUAAGUAAAUGCCACAGCAGUUUAUAUAGACUAGUCAAAGUUGUUUUUCAUGUCGAUGUUCUUAGUCGCAUUUUUCUAGCACACCGGAUAGGCAUUUCCAGUGAAUUCAGCCGCGCUGGAAAACUUGUGCUGUGAUGUAAUACUUUUAAUUUCUUUUGUUUUACACUUUAUGUAACCAUCAUUAUGAGAUUUCAAUAGAUGAAUUCCAUAAACAUUAACUUUACAAAAAUGUACAUUCGCAACGAAAUAAAAUAACCCUUAAAAGAAGUGAAACCGAAGAAACUUCUUGGUGUAUGCAGUGAAUAAAAAUUACUGCGCGUCAUGACGUCAGUCAACACAUCGCAAGAGCUUUUUGGUGAAAUGUACAAAAAUGCGCUUUUCUUUGUAUUUUUGAAUGUUAUUCAAGGUGUGCUAGAAAAAAAUUAAUCAUGUGUUUCCGUUCCGGAUAGAAUAAUCCGACGCUCGGGUACACUGCGUAGCCGGUAGCUCUGCAAGCUUCGUUACCUGGCAAUGCAGGUGCCCUCGGGUCCGAUUUUUCUAUCUGGAUCUGGAUCUGGACACAAAACAGAUAUUAUUAGUAUGAGUAGAACAUCUAAUCAAAUCACAACCAGAAAGUACAUUGUGUGACUAGGAAACAGUAGUUAAAGGGAAACAUCCCUCCAGAAACAACAACCUAGCAUUGCUCUGUGAUGAUCCUAUUUGAUUGUGAAGUGCAUUUUUAAACUGGUGUCUGACUAUUCCAUUGUUUUACUGUAGCUGAAACAAUAGCUCUAACAAAUACUAAUGUUUAAAUGUUAUUAGAAAGAUUCUGUCAUAUAUUCUUGUUACAAGAACUGGUCAUAAGGACAUCCCCGUGACUAAGCUGUAUUUUCCCAUUAACUGUCUUCCACACAUGAGGCCAUAUAAAUUUAUUUUAUUACUAGAUAAAAAAGCUUAUCAGUAGUUUGAUUUUAACGUUUUUCAACAUAGAAAUUUCAAUUAAAGAUGCACUCUUACUCCCAUAUAAGCAGUAACACAAUUAAUACAAUUGAUUUGAUUUACCAAAAAGGACGAAUUAAUAUGGAAAACAAAGGUUCUUAUGAAGGAUACUUUGUUUUAUUUGAAAGUUAGGUGCAGAACACACAAUAUUUCUACCUUAUAAGACAAUAGUUCAUCACUAUAAAUAUUUUAGGACUCACAAGUCAUUUACUUAUUAAUAUUUUCCAUUAAUGCAUUAUUUAGUAAGUAGUUAAAGGUUUAUCAAUCAAAAUUUAUGUUUGCUACAAAUGUGUAUGUAUUGAUUUAUUGAUUUUAAAUACGAGUGUCAAUUGAAGGCCUUACAAAGUUUGAAACUAGUCAGCAUCUUCAUUAAAUCUAGAAGGAAACUCAAUUCCAAGGAUAUUUCUCUUUAAAGCAUUUGAAAUUCUGCAGUUGAAUAUAUUUCUUCUAUUUGUAACACCUGAUACUAUACAAUGCAUGCUGAAUAUUACCUGUAAAAUUAUGUAAUAUAUAUACUUGUUUUAAGCAAUGCAUUUUUUGAUUGUUUAACAAAGAGCUCGCAUAUUUUGAAUACUUGUUUUUUUUAAAAUGUGUUCAUGAGAAAACUAGUUAUAAAGUUGAAUUGAUAUUUAUGAAAAAAAACAACAUUAUUCCUGUACAAGUCAAUUUUUGCUUGUCUGUUUUUGAAAGAUUAUUUUUCAAGGUAUCUUGAUACUGUUGUUGAUGUUGUUGUUGUUGUUGUAGUCAUCGUCAUGCAAUAACUUGAACCUGACCAAAACCUAAAUUACAUUCAAUAUAGAUAGACAUGUAUAUCUGGUCAAUAACUUUGGAUUUAAAUAUUGUCAGGUUAUGACCCUUGUUUGACUGAAAUAACAACAACAACCUAGCGUCACUCUGUGAUGAUCUUAUUUGAGUAUUGUGAAGUGCAUUAUUAAACUGGGGUCAGACUUUUCCACUGUGUUACUGUAGCUGAAACUAUAACUCUUAAAAAAAUACUAAUGAUUAAUUUUAAUUAGAUAGAUUCUGUCAUAUAUAUUUUUACUUUUGUAAUUAAAUGCGGGUUUUUCCUUGUGGAAUCAUUCAUUAAAAAAUAGUCAUUAGUUAUUAUGAAUAAGUUAUUAAUUAAUAAGUUAACAUGUAUAAUAUUAAAAUAAUAAAACUA